CCCCGAAAAAGCCCAGGAUCAUGGCACGGGUACAGCCACCACCCAGCAAAGGCAACCCUUACCCAUACCCGGCAAAACCCGCCGUACCCUUGGUUUUCUCUGAUGUCAACAGUCCACUUCAAUUUCCCCGGGACCGACCGCGCUACUGAUAUGUUACCCUAGUCCUUGCAAUUGAACAACGUUCCUUCAGAAAUAGAUGCUAACCGGUCGCUUUGCCCCUUGUACAGCAAAUAUCUUGAUGACAUCUUCGAGUCCCUGAAACACCAUAUGCUGUUAUCACGAUUUUCUGCAACUGUGAUGACUCUUCCGGCAUGAAACUUGAGCUGAGCACAGGAUGGCCUUGUUAUGGCUUCUUGGCAAGGCGCCUAUGCAGUGGGAUUACGGAUCAUACUAGAUACUCCAAAAACUGUGGUGAGUAAUCUCAAUACCACUCUACAUAUAGUCUUGUUGAACGUGCAGAAGCCCUCCCAACUUCGUGGUUCAAAGAUGUCGUCUUCAGCUUCCACGGAGGCGAUCUUGGAGAUCGUCAAGUCCAUGCAGACAUCACGGAUGGUCACUUACUCUCAAAUGUCGUCUAUUGCAUUUCUUAUCUAUGACAUCAUUAUCAUGUUUCACAAAGAAGUGGAAUAUGUUUGGAAAAGCGCAUGGUCCUUCCCGAAAAUGCUGUACCUAUUCGCCAGGUACUACGCUCUAUUGUAUGUUAUACAUAUGUUUGUUGUCAAUAACAUAGUCGGUCUGCCCAUAAAGGCACAGUUCUGCAAGACGUGGUAUUUGGCCAAGGUUUUAUUGGGAGAAAUACUCUUCACAACGGUUGUCAAUGUAAUCUUAGUCAUGCGCCUUAAUGCCAUGUACGGAAAGAAAGUAAAAGUCCUUGCGUUUCUGGUAUUCCUAGUCAUCGUCGAAUUUGCGCUGGAGCUGUUUUGCUCCUUCGUUUCGGCUAAGAAAGCGUCUGAGACGACAUUCACGGCUCCUUUCGGCUUGCCAUGGCCAGGUUGCUUUUCCCGACCUAACGUGAUGUUCACUUUGACAACAUGGAUUCCUACGACACUGAUAGCAACGAUUUUCUUCGUUAUGACCAUGGCCAAACUCUUUGAGGAUGGACGUUGGAGGCCGUCGCGGAUGAGAACUAUGUCACAAGUAUCACCUCUUUUAGUGUCAUUCUUCCGGGACGGUGCUGUAUUCUUCUUCUUAAUUUUUCCUGUUCUUGUUGCUUCGACCGUAAUGUAUGUUCUCGGUACCGGCAUUUUGGGAGAAAUCUUGGGCUGCUGGCUCAUUUGUGUCUAUUCUUUUGCUGCUUGCCGCCUUAUCAUCAAUUUACGAGAAGCUGCGGCGCGUGGCAAUGCGUCUACCUCUCUACAAAAAUCCAUGUCUCUGUCUACCUGGCAAGGCCAUAUAGUCUCCCCGGAAAGAAGCGGCUCGACGAUGGAGUUGACCAGCCAGUGAGCUCGGUAUCGGGUGACCUUAAUAGUGCUUCGCGUUCCGCUCUCAAAAUAUUUAUGUCUGCCUUCGUAUAUGUAUACAUCUCAUUAGCAGCUGUAUCUUUGCUACCUUUUAACUUUGGCUUAUAUUGCGCCGUAAUGCUUUCAGUCAAGGACAUCCC